UCAAUUAGCAAAAACCUUUAAAAGAAAUAGUAUUUAAAUAAAUAUAAAAUAUUUAAAUUAAUAAAUAAAAAAUAUUUGUAAAAAUUAAAAAAAGAGAUUAUCAAUACAAACUGCAGUGAAAGCAAAUACCGAGUAAUCCCACAAAAUUACCAUAAUUACGCGAUUAAAACCGAAAUACACUUGAUUACGCUUUGAGAGAUUCCAGUGAAAAUUCUGAACCAAAAAUGCUCGUCAGCUCCAACAACAACACUGCGAACAGCAACAGCUACAAUCAGCAUAGCAACAGCAGUCACAGCAUGACCACAACCAAUUCAACGUCCACAUCCACACCCACACCGGGCUGCUCCUCGACAUCGUCCAAUCAUACGUUAUUGGAACCAACAGCCGCUUGGGCACAACUGCCCAAUGCAGGCAACUCAGCGUCUUCUUUAGCUGUGGCUGCUGUUGGUGGCGUGCCGGGCGGCUCGAGGCCACCAUCACGUGCGCCCUCGAUUUUGGAUAGCCCCACCUUGGCGCGCGUGGAACGUGCACGCUUACGCCUUGAAGCGACGACGUUGCAACAGCAGCAACAACAACAUCAACAAAUGUACUCAAACGGCUCAAGUAGCGGCAGCAAUGCAACUACGCUGAACAGGGAGGGCAGCUUGGAGCGGAGCAUACUGGAUCCGAAGCGCGAAGUGACAGCGGCGGCAGCGCAACCAACGCCACCAUGGCAACAAAUGUGGUCGCAUAUGAAACGUUUAUCGCACAAUUCGAAAGUGAACUCGACCAGCACGUUGACAUUCACACUGCCGAAGACUGAUAUUGGCGGCAGCAAUGGCAAGUGCAUGAACCUGAAUGGCCUAUAUCCGGAUAGGACGGCAUCGUUGAAGAACGCCAUGCUGCAUACGCAUGCGCAUGCGCAACAAGUCCACUACAAACCUGAUGUGCAAUCUCUGCUUGCCGGUCGCAUACCAGUCGCCUCAAUGACAGGUCCAAUUAAAAGAGGACUGCUAUGGCAACAACGUGAUCGCCUCUUUUCGCGCUGGAAGGAAAGGUACUUUGUGCUGACACGCGAUUAUCUACAUUGUUUCAAAAGAGCAUCCGGUUCGGCUAAUGAGCGAGCCUCCGACAUGGGACAAUUUAUAUUUAAGGUGAAGCUGGUCGAUGUGGAGAAGGUUGAAUGGCUUAAUAGGCGCUCGUAUAGCGCAAUCGGUUUGCUGUUGGGACGUGAGGGACGGAUUUUAUUGCGUUGCGAUAACGGCUUGGAAGAUUGGUUCGAGUUGUUAGAGGAAUGCACCCUCUUCUCGAAGCAACGUCGCCACGCACUCAAAAUCGCACAGGGUCCACGUUCGCGCGCCUCACUUGCCGCACCAGUGUCACAUUCCACCUUGGAAUCGCAGCACUUCGGUUUGGGUAGCAGUUACUCAAGUGCUUUGGAAGACUGGCUCAUGACAAACGGCAGUGGUAUCGGUGGACGUAAUAAAAUUGCUACUGGUUGCGGUUUCGGUAGUAGUGGCACUAAUCCGUUCCUCUUCUCCGAUUCGGUACCAGACUUGAGCGCCUUGAGCAGCGAUCAUCAUCAACGCAUCUCAGGUUAUUCAACCAAUCAUUCGACACCACAAAAAAUACCAUACUCACGUCAAAACGAGAAUGGUAAUCAUAGUCGUUAUUCAAAUGGUUAUGCCUCGCAAAAUAAUUCAUUCACCAAUUGUCCCGGCAUUGGUGGACCCUUCGACUCGCCACGUCGCAUAUUCAUUAAUAAAGAUUUCUCAUCAAAUCAAGUAGUUGAUGAGGAGGCCGAUGACGAUGAAAAAGUCGAAUUGCGUCGCCCACAUGCCUACGGUCAAGGUGGCAAGGCUAAUAAUGACAAUGAUUUGGAGAAUGGCAAUGUUGUGGAUGGCGAAUGGUUGUACCGCAAGCCGAGAGCACCAACCGAUUUGCGUCAUUCUGUUCAACCAAUGCUGCCUACCAAUAACAAUUACAAUAAUGCAAAUAAUACCACGAAAAUUCCUGUUACCGAUUUGGAUCAUUCGGCACAUGAUAGCGGUCUCGAUACGCCACCGUCCACAAAUCAACGUCCAUCCAGCUAUCGUGAGAUCAUCACUCGUACACCCGUACGCGAUGCCAACGAGAGCGUCGUCCGUUCAUCACACGGUAAUUUGCUUAAUGGCAGUUUUCGCUCAAAGCAAAUCACUCAUCUAACAAAUAAUUUGAAUCAAGUAAAUGCUCUCCAUAGCUCACAUUUGAGCGUACAGGAACGCAUCUUGCAAAUGCGCAACGAGGAGAAUCGUUGGGGUUCAUUGAAAUCGGAAGCUAAUCGUUAUAGUCACAAUGCUCUAUUUGAUCAAAAUAAGAAUCCCUAUCCGGAGAGCGCUAAUCAAUCGCCACAGCGUACACCAUUCAAGAAACAUUCACUCAUCGGUUACGGUCGUUCAAUUAGUCACGAUACUAACGGCACAAUGAACGGUAAUUCACAGAUGAAGGGCUCGUCUAUAUUGCGUGAACGUUUCCAGCAUCCCGCUUUGGCGGCAAUUAAAGCUUUUUACUGAUAAAUAAAUAUGCAUAACGUUUUAUCGAUUAUUUUUCUAUUACAAUAACAACAAUAAUAAUAUUAAUAAUUACAUCAAUUAUUACUAUGUAUGAAUGUAGUAGUAGGAAUGCGUUCGUUGUAAAAAUAGCUAAAUACUCGUAGUGAAAGCUUAAAUAUAAUAUUAUAUAAUUAUAAAAUGAAUAAAUAUGAAAUCGCACAGGGUGUUUAUGAUUUGCGUUUAGUAGAAUUGCUGAUUUAAUAUACGAGAAGUAUUUUCUGUGAUAGUUGUCAGCGAUAUUGAAACGAAAAUAAUUUUUUAAUUUUUACUUUUCCUUAAUGAUAGAAUGCCAAAAAUUUAACGUAAUUACAAACGCAUCAAUUUACGAAUAAACUUGAUAUUAGAAAUGAAUAAAACUCAAUCGAAGUAAAUUAGUUGUAUGAAACAGUAAAA